AUGACAGAACUGACAGAGGAUCAGAAGAGGGAGCACGAUGCUGCUGAAACAUGUCACGUUUGCAUGAAGCAAUUCAACGAUAAUCGCAAGGUUAGGGAUCAUUGUCAUUACACAGAGUUAUAUCGAGGAGCGGCUCACAACACCUGCAACCUCAAGUAUAAAAUACCCAACCAUGUAUCUGUGAUAUUCCACAACCUAUCGGGGUAUGAUGCUCACUUGUUUAUUCGCGAGCUGGGCGAAAAAUAUGACACCCAGGAUAUAGGUUGUAUCGCCGAAAACACCGAGAAGUACAUCAGCUUCAAUUUUAUAAUCAAGGUACCCAUUGCAGGCAUGGGAUAUGGCAAUGGUGAAUUUUACAAAAAGAUCGAAAUCAGAUUCAUAGACAGCUGUAGAUUUUUGCCAUCAGGCCUUGAGAAAUUAGCUAAUAAUCUCGAUGAUGCCCAAUGCAAACAUCUCCGAUGGUAUUUUCCUGAGGAGGAUACAUUUCAGCUCAUGCGACGCAAAGGCAUAUAUCCAUACGAGUAUAUGAAUGGUUGGAAACGAUUCCAAGAGAAUGAUCUACCACCGAAGGAGGCAUUCUAUAGUACCCUUAAUAUGAAUUCUAUCACCGGCGAUGACUAUGAACAUGCGCGGAGGGUAUGGAAUGUCAUUACUCCAAAAGGUCAGGAGACUACCAUGGGUGACUAUCAUGAUAUAUAUCUCGUCGCGGAUGUCCUUCUAUUGACUGACAUCUUCCAGAGCUUUCCAGGAGUGUGCCAAGAGAACUACAAGCUCGACCCUGCUCACUUUUACAGUGCCCCAGGCCUGGCCUGGAAAGCAGCGUUGAAAUAUACCGAGAUCAAGCUGGAGCUCCUUACGGACCCUGAUAUGUUAUUGAUGUUUGAAAAGUGUAUUCGAGUAUCUCGACUCAACAAUCUCUAUGGUUGGGCCAUGCAUCAACCCCUUCCAACCCAUGGUUUUAAAUGGGUGUCGAAUAUUGGGGUAAUCAAUGAAAAGAAGAUCGAGAAGCUGGUAUCUGAUAACAAACAUGGAUAUAUCCUGGAAGUAGAUGUUGAUUACCCGAAGGAUUUACACGACAAACACAACAAGCUCCACUUCCUGCCGGAGCUCAAGUUUGUAUAUAGAGUAGAGAAACUAAUACCAAAUCUCGAACAUAAGAAGAAAUACGUGGUACACAUCGGAGCUCUACAUCAAGCCCUGAAACACGGGCUUGAGCUUAAAAAGGUGCACCGCGCUAUUCAAUUCAAACAUAGUGCCUGGCUUAAGCCAUAUAUCGAUCACAACACGAAGCUGAGAACUGCCGCCAAGAACGACUUUGAGAAGGAUUUUUAUAAAUUGAUGAACCUCUGCGUCUUUGGGAAAACCAUGGAAAACAUCCGCAAUCACCGCAACAUCAAGUUAGUUACGAAUGAAGCCUCAUAUACAAAGCUGACCAUGCAACCAAACUUUAAAAGAGGCACAUGCUUUAGUAAGAACCUCAUGGGUAUUGAGAUGGGUAGGACGGGUAUUAAGAUGACCAAGCCCAUCUAUAUUGGUCAAGUUAUAUUGGAUCAGUCAAAAACAGUCAUGUAUGAGUUCCACUACGAUUACAUGCAGCCAAAAUAUGGUAGCAAACUGAGGCUUCAAUAUAUGGACACGGAUUCAUUUAUAUACCAUAUAAGAACGGAGGACUUCUAUCGGGAUAUUGCCGAUGAUGUAGAAACACGCUUCGAUACGAGUGCUUAUGACAAGGAUGACAACAGACCCCUGCCAAUAGGGAAGAACAGGAAAGUUAGGGGUCUCAUGAAAGACGAAUUAGGGGGCAAAAUUAUGACUUUAUUCAUCACAUUGAGACCGAAGGCCUACGCCUAUAAAGCAUUAACGCAAGAUGGUGGAGAUCGUAAGGCCAAAGGGGUGAAGAGAACCGUGACCAAAAAAUGUAUCACAUUUGAAGAUUACGAGCAAUGUCUGAAAAAAGGUAUUGAUAUUAACAAAACUUGGCGUUGUAUUAAUAACAAAGGUCACAAUAUAUAUACGCAGGAAGUCACAAAAAUCGCGUUAAAUAGAGCUGAUGACAAAAGGAUCGUUCAGGCGGAUCAAAUAACAACGCUUGCCCGGGGUCAUCAUCGGCUUCGAGAGAAAUAA